AGACCUGUCGUUGAUACACGGAAUGCAAUAUGUUCAGGAUUAUUAUUCAUUUCGUAUGGUUUAUUGUUAUUUAUUGUGGUGAACUAUCUUGCUUACUAAACUGUGAUAUCAAAUACGCUAUUAGAGAAAGACAAAGAUUUAAAAUAGCUGAUUGUACAAAUAGAGGAUUGAAUUUCAUACCUCAGCAUUUACCAGAAGAUAUCAAAGUUCUAGAUAUGAGUUCAAAUAAGCUAACACUCAUUGAAAACAAUUCUUUUAACAAGUAUAAAUAUCUUGAGGAAUUUUAUUGUCGUAAUAAUCAGCUUAAUGAUUUAUCUAAUGAGUCAUUUAAAGGACUACACAAACUUUCUAUACUUGAUAUGUCACACAAUAUGCUCAAUUUAUCAAAAGUAUAUUCAUCAGAAUUAUUUCAUCCAAUUCAAAAUUUAUCAAAAUUGGAUAUCAGGAGUAAUAUGGCUCAACCUAUAAAUUACCAUAAAGAAUUCAACUACCCUGAUCAUGCAUUAGGUGCGCUGACAGAAUUAACUUUUUUAGGGAUUGAUAUGAUGCCUGUGCCAAUCUAUGGAAGUGGAUUCAGUUUAAUGACAAAACUUCAAGAAUUACACUUUCAAUCUUGUUAUUUAGUAAGUCUAACGAAUAAGACAUUCCAGAGGUUUUCAUCAACAUUAAAAGUGCUUUCUCUAAGAAAUUGUCGGUUAAAACUUGUCAAAACAGAAGAUGACGCUUUGAGUCCGUUUCCACAUCUACGUGUACUAGAUUUUUACCGAACGUUUAUGCAUCUUACACGUGCCUUACUACUUUUACAUCCAUACCGUUAUAGAAAUAUGACUACAAUUAAUUUUGGUCAUGUGAGUGACUUAAGUAUAGAUAGUGACGAGCUGCCGUAUGCUUUGACCAUCACACCCGACCUUGUAAGAAAUCUGAAAACAAUUUGCAUAGAAAAUCUAGAUUUAUCAGAAAACGGAAUAGUAGAUUACACACGUGGAGCAUUAUUUUCUUUUGAUCAACCGGAAUGUUUACAGAAAAUGUCUUUCAAAGGAAACCGGUUUUUGCUUUUCAAUUGGAAAAAUCAAAAAGAGGUAAAUUCUUUCUUUUUCAAAGCUCUACAAUUAAAAACUUUGGAUUAUUCAUAUAAUGUUGUAAACUUCAUCAUUCCAAAAAAUGCAUUGCCUUCAAACCUCAAAGUAAAAAGUGCUGCUGGUAGUUACGUGAUAUUACCACAAUCACUGGAAAAAUUAGAUUUAAGUAACACAGUAGUAAACCCCUAUGCCUCACCCUUAUUUAUUGUUCCGAAAAUAAACAACCUUACAUAUCUGGAUAUAUCAUAUUCCGAUUCAACUGCAGACGUUACUUUUCUUAAACUUCGACUUAAAACAUUUAUAUCUGCUGGCACGAGAUACGAAUAUGCGUUACAUCAAUUAAACCGUUUUCAGAAUAACAACCUGACAACUGUCAUUUUCAAAGGAGCAAGUCUAAAUGAUGGAAUUAGACAUGAAGGGAAUCGGUUGUUCAAAGAUCUACGAUCUGUCGAGUUAUUGGACAUUUCUGAGAAUUAUAUUUGGUAUUUUCCAGACGAACUACUAAAUGCACUGUCCAAUCUGUCAAGUUUGUAUAUAUCCAAAAAUUUACUUGCUUCAAUUCCAGUACAACUAAAUAGUCACACUAAUAUCAAGAUACUUGAUUUUAAACACAAUCUCCUAACAAGUGUAAGUUCUACUAUCACAAACUGGGCGGAUAAGAUGCAACAACUUCAUGGAAUGACAUUGAAACUCGAGGGUAACGCAUUUGAAUGCAAUUGUGAUAGUGUUGACUUCAUAAGAUGGAUACACACAACAAAAGUUGAUCUAGACAGUCGUUCAUAUAAAUGCAAGUUAUCCAAUGGAACAGUUAUUGAUACACUCAUUGCCUACAACAAUUUGCACGACUUGUUUGUGGACUGUAAAUACACAGUGUGGUUAACUUUAGCGUCAGCACUCUUAUCUACAUCAUUCACAAUUUCACUGUUGCUUCUUGUGUAUAAUAAGAGAUGGAGGAUUAUAUUCUCUAUAUAUAGAAUAAUUCGACGUAAGGUUGAGCGUAAAGUUCGGAAGAGUUAUCUUUAUGACGUGUAUAUGUCAUACGAAGGGGAGGUUGUUAUUUGGAUCAAAGAUGUGUUAGUACCAAAACUUGAGACUGAAUGGGGACUGACACUGUGCAUAAAGGAUCGAGAUUUUUUGAUUGGGCCAAGUCUUGCCGAUACUGAAGCAGAGAGUAUCCAAAACAGCAGGUCCAUUAUAUUUCUCAUUACGCCUGAAUUCAAAUCGUCACGUAAUUGUUUGUUUGAACUCGACAGAGCAAAAUACGAGAAAGUUACAAAAAAUCUUGAGCGUAUCAUUGUCAUAACAAAAGAUAUUACAAUAGCUGACAUUCCUGUAGAGUUCUCGUACAUUUGGAAUUAUGCAUACCUUGUAGAAUGGCCUGAUAAUCUAGGUAAUGUUGAUGAUACUUGGAGAAAGUUGAGGAUGUUGCUUAAUGUGCCCUUACUUUCUUACAAAUAA